AUGGUCAUGAGAAAGUGUACCAUCUGUGACCGGCGAUUCAAGAAAACAGAGCAUUUCAAACGCCAUGAACGGUCACACACUAAGGAGAAACCUUAUGAAUGUAACGUCUGCCACAAACGAUUUUCGCGAAGUGAUGUGUUGAGUCGACAUGCGAAAGGACACAAUGGUGCGGCCGCAACCGCAUCCAACGGAGUCAAGAAUGGACAGCCCGCGGCCACAUCCGACCAAGCCUCGACUCGUCGACCGUCUGCUCUCCCCGUCGAAGGUCAGCAAUAUCUUCCAGGAGCCGGCGCCGAAACAGUCGAUAUGGUGCAGCCUCUUUCGGUGACGCCUCGUGACAUGCCUCUCCCCUCCGCGACCGGUCUCCCGCCAUCGUCUCUAGAUUUCCUAGCAAACGUUUCAACGCAUCACGCACGCACCGAGCCCCAAGUCAACCCCAUGAUGAUCGAUGACCAACAAGCGGCAUACUUCGGGUGGAACGAGGUCCCGGCUACGGCGGACACGCCGGCCUACAGAGCGCCUAUGUUCGACACGCCAAAUGACAUGAUGCAGUUUUGGCUUGAACCGCGAGUCGAUGCGGGCUCGCACAAUGGCUCGAUAAAUCUGAUGCCCGAUUCGGGAUUCGGGAUGCUUGGGGAGAGUCACGGAGCCUUUUCAGACCGACAAGCGAGACCCUCUGCGGACAGCGUCGGCACGCCUAAAUCCGGGAGUACCAUCCCGAGUGAGCGGUUCGCCAAAGUCCAAAAGUAUUGGGUUGCGCCUUCGAAUCAUAACGGACGCCUGAUCAAUAAUCUCUGGCAGGAGGUAGCGAGCAUCGACCUAGAUAAUGUUUUCGCAUUGCAUCCCGGCAUGUCAGCCAACUGUUCGUCUGGUGUUUACCAAGGAUCAAGGCACGGCCUAGAUGAAGAGUGUCGGCAGCAUCUACAGGCUAUAUUUGGAUACGCCCGAUUCGCCAACCCACACGCACGCUUACCAGAGCACAUGGCAUAUCCCCCCAAUGCUUCUGGCGCACUGGUCACUCUGCCUAACUUCCCCCCUGCCGAAGUACUUGAUAUGGCCCUUGACCUGUAUUUUCGAAACUUCCAUCCCCUGGUUCCGUUUAUUCACGUUCCCACGUUUUCCGCUAAGAACACGAAUCCAUCGGUGCUGUAUUCGAUGUGCUUGAUCGGUAUGAUAAUGCUUGGGACGAAAGGGACCACUGACUUCGUCUCCAAGAAUUACUCCGAAAAGGAGCACCUGGAGAAGAGCCAGAUGCUCUAUAUUAGUCUGAUUUCGAUUGCGCAACGACACGGGCUGUUUACCGCAACCGAAGGCCAAAUACUCGACUCUAGUUUCUUUGAAAGUAGCCCGGAUGUUGAUAUACGAUGGAAAACUUGGAGUAAAAUAGAAUCAGUCAAGCGAUUAAUCUCUGGUCUUCUACUCUUGGACUCCUGGUACUCGUCAUUUCUGUCUAUGAGCCCCAUCAUUGUCCCUGAUGCCAUCCAAAUUAUAUUACCUUGCAACGAGAGUCUAUUCCAGGCCAACACCUCCGCAGGGUGGACGCAUCUAAUCCGAAGCGGAAGACGGAUCCUGAUGCCCACCGUGGUGGCCCCUUCGGAAAACGUCGAAAUUGCGGUGCUCGAUAGUCCCGUCGAUGAUUUCUCCGUGCACUCGGUUUUGGCGAUGGUUCAGUUGCGGCUGUCAGAAGCCUAUCAUCGGUUGUUAUCCAACCGAGCAAGCUAUCCCUUUGCGCCUUGCCAUACGUACGCCAUGGAUGGUCGCGCGCGCUGCCUACCGUCUCUCCAACUGCAAAUUGCCAGCAGAUACAGCGAUGCUCUCUCUCAUCUGAACCCCAACGCCGCUGUCAUGUGGCACAACAUGUGCAUGACGCUCACAGCUGAUACGCAGAUUUUCGACCUGGCGGCGGGACGAGCGGGUCCCGUGCCGGCAGAGAAAGCACUCGAGGACAUUGCGGCGUGGUCGCAAACGCCUGCCGCCCGCAGAGCAUGCCUACAUGCUGCCCAGAUCUACAAGGCCAUGAUAAAUAGGAAAGCCUCGGACCAUACCAUGUUCCACUCCGUCUUCUCGCUGUUCUCCGCCGCUCUUGUCCUGGGGCUUUACGAAUUUAUGGUACCCAACACCGAAGGACAGAGACGGGGCAGCUACAUCGAACUCCUCGACGACGUUGACUGGCAGGCCGUGGGGACCGAAGGAUUUACUAGCUUCAUGGAACCGCGCGGCAGCCAGUCGUUUGCGCCGUCGGACAACCCGGCAGUGAACUUCAUUCGGAAUGGCGGCGUUGUGUACCUCCGUGGCGUACCGUUCCAGGGAGGAUAUCAGUCUGCACGACGGAUUCUCCUGGACUACGCGGGGCUGCUCAAAGAUGCCGGGAAAUGGAGUGUCCGCAAAUUCUCGUAUGUUCUCCACAUCAUGAGUGACGUGCUUAUGGACGUGGACUGA